GCAGACUACCUAAAACCUAUUGCUGAAGAGGAGAGGAGAGUAGAGGCUGAAGAGAAGAAGAAACGCGAAGAGCUCGAGCGGAUCGCAAAAGAGCUGGCGGAAGGAAUUGCCUCUGUCAGCGCUGCCAGUAGCAGAGCCCUCAUACAUGCUGCCACCCCUCUGUUCAGCGCCGGGUCACAGCCCACAGCAGCAGGAACAGCUGAAGGGCACUCACGUGCUCUUUGUCAGGAGCAGAGCAAAGACGUCCUGUCUGGAGUCAGCCUGUCCUACCCCUUCCGUCUGGGUCAGCAGGUGAUGGUCAAGAUGCAGCAUUAA